AUGGAUCCCAGAGGUGAUAAUAUUCUCAGUAUGAGACAGAUGGGUGAUGCACGCUCAACCUUGGCACAUGUUGCUUCCAAACAACUGUCUCAACAGGAUCCAACCAUCAAGUUGGUGGAUUUGGGGAUUGUUUCCCUUACUCAAGAAACUAUUGAUUUACUACUUCCUGUGGAGAGAUUAUCUUUGCAAAAGAAUCAGCUUACGGGCUUACCUGAAUCUUUUAGCAGAUUACAAGAAUUGCGAUAUCUAGAUGUGCACAGCAAUAAACUUGAAGCAUUUCCAGAAGUUUUGCUCAAAUGUGAGCGUUUGGAAAUCCUGGAUUUGUCCUCGAACUUUAUUGCGAGCCUUCCCGCUGAGUUUCCACCUGUAUUCAGCGAGAACCUUAAGGUACUGUCAUUAAAAAACAACAACGUGGAAUCGAUCCGAGACCUUUACUCGGCUAUAACCAGUCUGCGAAGCCUCAAGAUCCUGGAGAUUGAAGGUAAUAAAAUACCGGUGGAAGAAUUGAAACAAAUUCAGAACGAAAUACCUCUCUCAUCUCUCCCAGAUAGCGUCUCACCAGAAGAGUACUGGUGCGUCGCUCUGCGAAAACAUUUUUCGGAUUCGAAAGUCAGUAAGGUUGCAAAGAGGCGUGGUUUUAUCAAUGUCACUGACGAAGAGCAUCGUCGAGAAGAGAUAUACAGCAACAACAAAUACAAUGAUUAUUUCAAACGGCUGUCAGUAUUACCAGAAGAAACUGCAUCCCAACGGGUGACUCACGAUGAACUUUUAAUAGCAUGUCGAAAACUUCUUUUCAGUUUCACAGAAUGUCAGCAGAGUAUAAGGAAAGUAACUUCAUUUUGUGAAGAUAACGCGGUCGCAGUAAAUUCAGUGUCUCUUCUGUAUAGUGCAAGGUUGCACAUUGAUAAUCUGUUGGAAAUAUUAGAGCAGGGAGAAAAUCCCACAUCGUCGAGAAAUGAUGUGAUGGUAAAUCCUUGUCUCACCAUUAUUUCCAUUUUCAAACAAAUCUUUGCUUUGCUACGCAAGAACUUCAAGGCCUUCUUUCAAGGGAAUGACAUUUGUUUCGCAAGAAUAUUUUACAUGAACCUAUUAUGCUCAUACACCGAAAUGUUCAAUGCUUGGAGCUUAAUUUCGCCGCAAGAUGUUCGUACUCCCGUAAAAAAACGGCCCUCCAGGACGCACUCUUUGAGUGUUUCGCAAGGCUUUAAGCAUAUUAUACCGAGAGCCAGAAGUAACACGCUUCAAAGGUCCGUGACAGGUAACCCGGUGCUUUCCUCUUCCUCAUCUAUGCCGCAACCAGCGGUAAAUCGCCCCACUGGUGCCUCUUUGACCACAACACCACCGCCUCCCCAAAAUAAUAUGGGUUUUGAAAGUCGAAUAAAUCACGAAGGCUCUCCUAGACCAAAGACAGAACCACUUCACCUUUCACCACAAGCCAAUAGGCGAAAAGCUGAAGGAACCUUUUUAGAGGGUGCACCAUCGGCCCUGUCUUCGAGUCCGGCAAAGAAUGCUAUGGAAGAAACUGCAGAUCCUGAUAUUGAUGCUCAAUUAUAUCAUACACUGGAUACGGUUAUUUCUAUGGUGAACGUGGUAUAUGCUCAACUGACAUCCGCUAUUACUAAGAGCGCAAUAGCCAGUACCAAGGGGACUGAGAUUGCAAGCAUAACCAGCAGCAUAGCAUCUAAGAUAAAGGACUUAACUGACAUUUGUUUUCAAUCAAUGGAAUUGUCAAAAGUUCUAAAAGAAAGGCUCACAGUUGUUUCCAAAACCAAACCUGAGAAUUACACCUCACCCAUAGAAAAGGCCAAAACCUGGGAAAGCGUUAACGCUUUUUUGAAAUCUAUCAUUUCUAUUUUGGCGAACACAAAAAUCAUUAUGAAAGAUUUGCCUAUUUUGAACGAGGUGAGGCCAAACUUGGCUUCCCUAGCAAAGAUUACUAAGGAUGUCACUGUAAUUUUAGACUUAAGUUCCUAUAGGAGUGUUUCACAGGCGUCUCAGCAGCAACAACAGCCCCAGCAGCAGGCGCCAGAUUCGGCUUUACCGAAAGCGCCACAUUCACAUUCAGCUGCACCAAGCGAUGAUAGUCAAAACUUUUUGUUGGUAACGCCUUUGUCGACGCCUUCCUUAGUAUCAGGACAUGCCCCUAACCCGUUCGACCAAAUAUGA